AUGGCGUCCAUUUCUACCGCUGCUGAGGCGGUGGCAAGAAUCGCCUACCUCACCAGUGAUGUCGUUCUGUCCGUACAGCCCUCGCUGCAGAACGACUCAUUGUUCUCCAAGUCCCUCAAGGCCCUCAAGGCCAGCAAGACAAGCAAUCUCUCAUCAAAAAGCACCGAAGUCCAAACUGUGCGUUAUAAUGAAGACCCUCUCUUGUCCGCAUUCAACCCUAUUCACAACGGCGAGACUAUCUCUGUGGUAACAAGCUCUUCUGUCUUGAUCACCGCCGUCCCUCACCUCUACCGUCUCGCUAACAGCCCCGUGGUCGUCCACGUCGCUCUGGAGCCCUCUCCAUUCCCCGAUUACUCCGUGAUCAGCUCCAUCCGUCAAUCCGGAUUCACUUUCCUGCACUCAGAGACCGUACAGGAGGCCCAGGAUAUCGCCAUCACAGCUCACGCGCUUGCCCGCAGGUCCGGAAAGGGUGUCAUUCACUUCUUCGACCCCGCCAACUCGGCCAAGGAUCCUUCCAUUGCCUCGGAGGACGUUGAGGUUUUGAAGAAGGUGCUUCAAAUAGGUGGAAAUGUUGCCACCUCUGCUGGAGUCCAGGGCCUCUACGCUGACUCUGGCCGUGUGGCCACUAUCACCGCAGAGACCGAGGGUUCUGCCCCCUCUGGCCAAGUUGAGUCAACGAAUUUGAAUGUGCCUUCUCAACCCCAGACCCCUUUCAAUGCUAGCGUGGAGAAUUCCUCUGUUGGUUCUUCCCGCCGGGAGAGCAGCGCUGGCAGCGAAGCUCCGAGCUCCAAUGCCACAACCGUGGAAAGCUCCAGCGUCCGCCCUGUGAACGCCGCCGAUAUAUUUGACUGGACAGCUCAGAUCUGGAACACUUUGUUCGAGGAGGUGGGCCGCCGAUACAACGCCAUUGAGUACACUGGUGCCGCCGAUGCUAAGUCCGCCAUCUUCGUCUUCGGCUCCACCGGAGUUUUCGUUGACGCCCUCGCCAACGGUGCCAACUCGGAAUUGGAGAACAUUGGCCUCAUCACUGCCCGUUUGUACCGCCCCUGGGUUGGUGGCCAGAUUUCGAACUCGAUCCCCAGCUCAGUUGAGAAAGUUGCUGUUCUCGAGCAGGUUCGCAAGACCACCAAGUGGGGUCCUUCUUUCAUGGACUUGCUGUCAAGUUUGACCCCCGCUGGUCCUCGUGGCCAGGGCCCUCAAAUUGUUGGCUACCGCCUCGGAUUCGUUGAGCCAUCCACCGCUGUGCAGGCUCUUCGCGGUGUUCUGCAGAACUUGAACUCCGCCUCUCCUAUCCAGAACCUCGAGAUUGGAAGCUCUCAGGUUCCCACCAUCCAGAACGCUCUUGAGCAGCCUCGUAUCGAGAACGCUUACCUGAAGAUCCUCCACCAGCUCUUUGGUGAGCGUCUGUACAUUGCCAACGAGCUAGGCUCCCAGAAUGCCGGUAUCUCUAGCACCAUUGCUGCCAGCCCUGAAUACGGAUUCGGUUCUCUCCUGGCUCGCCAGGAGCACCGUGUGCGCUUCAUUCGGGAGGUUGAGGAAGCCUCAAAGUCCAAUGCCUUUGCUACCGACGUACCAAAGACUUGGUUGUCUCGCUGGGCUCUCAAUGUCAAGGAGGCCGCUAAGGCUAACAAAUUGGCCCCUGAAGUCAUUGCCCGUCUGUCUAACGAUGGCUCUGCCAUUUCUCGCCAACUUCUGCAGUCCAAGAAGCUCUUCUACGAGGAGUCUGAGUGGCUUGUCGGUUCCGAUGCUUGGGCUUAUGAUCUGGGUAAUUCCGGCGUCCACCACGUUAUCGCCUCUGGUGCUAAUGUGAACAUGCUCAUCAUUGACUCUCAACCUUUCUCUGAGCGUGCUGCUGCUGAUUCGACCCGCCGCAAGAAGGACAUCGGUCUCUACGCCAUGAACAGAGGUAACGCUUAUGUUGCUUCCGUCGCCGUUUACAGCUCGUACACCCAGGUCCUCCAGGCUAUGUCUGAGGCUCAGCAGUUCAAGGGUCCUUCAGUUGUUGUUGCCUAUCUGCCUUACAACCAGGAGAACGACUCUGCCCUCACAGUGCUCCAGGAGACUAAGAAGGCUAUCGAUCUCGGAUACUGGCCUCUGUACCGCUGGAACCCCGAGAACGAGGAGAAGGGCGAGCCCAAGUUUAUCCUCGACUCCGAGCGCGUUAAGCGUGAUCUCGAGGAGUUCCUCCGCCGCGACAACCAGCUCACGCAGCUUAUGAACCGCCACCCCAAGUACGCCCCUGUGCUUUCAGAGUCUUACGGCACUGAGGUUCGAGCGAUUCAGAAACGAACUGCCAAGGACUCCUAUGAGAAGCUCCUGGAUGGACUGUUUGGUGCUCCCCUGACCAUUCUCUUCGCAUCCGAUGGUGGCAACGCUCAGAACAUUGCCAAGCGCCUCGGCAACCGUGGUCGCGCCAGAGGUCUGAAGACCAUGGUCUUUGCUAUGGACGAGUUCCCUCUCGAGGAUCUCCCCACCGAGGAGAACGUUGUUUUCAUCAGCAGUACUGCAGGCCAGGGUGAAUUCCCUGUCAACGGUCGUUCUCUCUGGGAGCACGUCAAGAACACCGGUGAUCUCGACCUGUCUUCUGUCAACUACUCUGUCUUCGGUCUCGGUGACAGCCAUUACUGGCCCCGCAAGGAGGACAAGAUCUACUACAACAAGCCUGCUAAGGAUCUUGAUGAUCGUGUUGCCUUCUUGGGUGGUCGCAAGCUGACCGAGCUCGGCCUUGGUGAUGACCAGGACCCCGACGCCUACCAGACUGGCUACUCCGAGUGGGAGCCCCGCCUCUGGAAGGCCUUGGGUGUUGACAAGGUUGAAGGUCUCCCCGAGGAGCCUGCCCCGAUCACCAACGAGGACAUUAAGGUUGGCUCUAACUUCCUUCGCGGAACCAUUGCUGAAGCUCUUCUGGAUGAGAGCACUGGUUCUAUUCCCGCCAGCGAUCAGCAGCUCACCAAGUUCCACGGUACAUACAUGCAGGAUGACCGUGAUCUCCGCGAUGAGCGCAAGGCCCAGGGUCUUGAGCCUGCUUACAGCUUCAUGAUUCGCUGCCGUCUCGCCGGUGGUGUCGCCACUCCCAAGCAGUGGCUGCAGAUGGAUGCCAUUUCUAGCUCCCACGGCAACGAGACCAUGAAGCUCACUACCCGCCAGACCUUCCAGUUCCACGGUGUUAUUAAACGUAACCUCAAGGGUGCUAUGCGUGCCAUCAACAACUCCAUGAUGGACACUCUCGCUGCUUGCGGUGACGUGAACCGUAACGUUAUGUGCAGUUCUCUCCCCGAACUCUCCUCCUUCCACCGUGAGACCUGGGCCAUCUCUUCCAAGAUCAGUGAACAUCUACUGCCCUCAACUACUGCCUACCACGAAAUUUGGCUGAAGGAUGAGAAUGACAAGAAGGUCCAGGUUGGUGGAGAUGCUAUUGUUGACCACGAGCCUCUCUACGGUCCUACCUACCUCCCCCGCAAGUUCAAGAUUACCAUUGCCAUUCCUCCUCACAAUGACACCGAUGUCUACGCCCACGACAUUGGUCUCAUUGCCAUCAAGGGUGCCGAUGGCCACCUUGAAGGUUUCAAUGUUUUGGCCGGUGGUGGUAUGGGUACCACCCACAACAACACCAAGACCUACCCUCAGACUGGUCGCAUGUUCGGAUACAUCCCUGCCGACAAGGUUCACAUUGCUUGUGAGAAGAUCAUGCUCGUGCAGCGCGACAACGGUGACCGCAAAAACCGCAAGCACGCUCGUAUGAAGUACACCAUCGACGACAUGGGCGUUGAGGUUUUCCGCGCUGAGGUUGAAAAGCUGCUUCCCGACGGCCUCAAGUUCGCUGAGCCCCGCCCCUUCGAGUUCAAGUCCAACGUCGACACCUACGGCUGGCUGAAGGAUGAGACUGGUCUCAACCACUUCACCAUGUUCAUCGAGAAUGGUCGUAUUGAGGAUACCGCAGAUUUCAAGAUGCGCACUGGUCUCCGCGAGCUUGCUGAGCUCGGCAAGGGCGAGUUCCGUCUCACUGGUAACCAGCACUUGAUGAUCUCUCGCAUUUCCGAUGAAGAUCUUCCCCUCAUCAAGGAACACCUGGCCAAGUAUAACCUUGACAACACUGCCUUCUCUGGCUUACGUCUGUCUUCUUCUGCCUGUGUUGCUUUCCCUACCUGCGGUCUCGCCAUGGCAGAGUCCGAGCGUUACCUCCCCGUCCUCAUCUCCAAGCUCGAAUCCACCCUUGAGGAGUGUGGUCUUGCGCGUGACAGCAUUGUCAUGCGUAUGACCGGUUGCCCCAACGGUUGUGCUCGCCCCUGGCUUGCGGAGGUCGCCUUCGUUGGAAAGGCCUUUGGCGCUUACAACAUGUACUUGGGUGGUGGCUACCACGGUCAGCGCUUGAACAAGCGUUACCGCUCCUCUAUCAAGGAGGAUGAGAUCCUCGAGAUCAUGAAGGGUCUUCUCAAGCGCUACUCUCUCGAGCGCGACACUGACGGCGAGACCCCCGAGCGUUUCGGUGAUUGGUGUAUCCGCGCUGGUGUCAUCAAGGCCACCACUGAUGGAAAGAACUUCCACGAUGGCGUUGCCGAAGAUGAAGAAGAGGAAGAGUAA